CGUCCUCAUUGCGUGCCCAGCGUCCAACGAUACGGUGCAACACUGACGAAACGCAGUAGGUACAAGGUGAAUCUUCGUCGUAUAAAAGGUGAUCUUUUUGGCUACCAUCGCUAUGGCUUUAGCCAAACCGAGCGUUGCGCCAGCAGCUCUACUAGCGGCGCCUGCUCCCAUAGUUGCCGCUCCAGCUCCAUUGGUAGCAGCACCUGCGCCCUUUGUCACCGCGUCAAGCUCUCAGUACAUUGCCAGACAGUACAACGGCCUCGUAGCUGCUGCCCCAGUAGUAGCCGCCCCAGUAGUUGCUGCACCUGCUCGGUUUGUAGCACCCGCACCUGUAGUGGCCGCUCCUGCUCCAGUGGUAGCCGCGCCAGCUCCAUUCGUGGCCCCGGCAGCUAGGAUUGUAGCCCCGGCCGCACCUUUCUACACUGCACCAAGUCCGGUCGUACCAACCUUCGCCCGCUACGCUGCACCUUACGGAAUCAUGUCUCUGAUAAGAUUAGUAGUUUUCACGCUCACUCUCAUAGCUAUUUGCAACGCUAGCGGCAUAGGCUUAAUAAGAACAGUACCAAUAGUGCGAUAUGCUCCAUUUUACAAUUUUCCCACUGGAGCGAGAUCUAUACACGCGGUAGCGCCUGUGGCCGUUGGACAUGCAUUACCACCACCACCUCCACCACCAUCGGCGCUGUUUCCAGCUCCUCUAGCAGCACUAGUUCCUCCACCUGUGUUACCAGCACCUCCACCAGCGGUUGCUCCUGCUCCUGUGUUUCCUGCACCAGCGUUUCCGGUUCCGGUGCUGCCAGCUCCAGCUUACGCUCCAGCACCCGCGCCUGUGUUCGCUGCACCGGCGUUCCCAGCUCCAGUGGUGCCAGCACCAGCUUUCGCUCCAGCACCGGCGCCACUGUUUACACCAUUGUUGCCCCGAGUAGCACCAGCUUUACCUGCCUCACCAGUGUUUGCGCGAGCUGUUCCUGCUCUACCGGCAGUGCCAUUCUCACCUAUCGUCCGACCAGUUGCGCCUGCCGUCGCUCCUGCUCCAGUGUUCGCACCAGCUCCUGUGUUUGCCCCAGCAGUGGCUCCAGCGCUACCAAUCACAAGAUUCCUUCCAUCCCUUCAUGUGUUCAACAAAGUGGUAUCAACUGCGCCGGCUCCUUUUGUUCCAGCAGCCCCACUUGUAAAACAGUUCGCGUGGAAGUGA